GCGGAGCUAUGGCUGAGGAAAAGAAGGGUCAAGUUGCCAAGAAGGGCGCGAAGAAAGCGGUGAAGAGGGCGCCAGCAAAGGGCGGCAGGAGGAGGAAGCGGUCCAGGAAAGAAAGUUACUCCAUCUACAUCUACAAAGUGAUGAAGCAGGUUCACCCCGACACCGGCAUCUCCUCCAAGGCCAUGAACAUCAUGAACUCGUUCGUCAAAGAUAUUUUCGAGCGGAUCGCGGGGGAGGCUUCCCGCCUGGCCCAUUACAACAAGCGCAGCACCAUCAGCUCCCGGGAGAUCCAGACCGCCGUGCGGCUGCUGCUGCCCGGGGAGCUGGCCAAGCACGCCGUGUCGGAGGGCACAAAGGCGGUGACCAAGUACACCAGCUCCAAGUGAAGGACCGCACUGCACUGAAACAAAACACUGAUCCACAACCCAAAGGCUCUUUUAAGAGCCACCCACAACCUCUCUGAGGCAGCUGAACCAUUUCUUUAAAGAUUGUUUGUUUUAGUUUGCAUGUGAUUCUGUUUUAACUUUUGGUUUUUACAACUGCUUUGCAAUUUGAGAUACGGGAACGAAGGGGGUGGGCUAAGAAACAGUCUUAAAUAUCGCAAAUAGCCUAUUUCCCCAUCUGUAGAGAGACAGGAGGUGAAGCACCGGUGAGUCACUUUUAAGAUUGAUUAGUUCUAGUCUUCAUGUGGUUCUUGUCCAGGUAUUUUUAGUCACAUACUAUAUUGGAUUUUAUAAUUGCGUUGCAAAUUGACGAGGUGGGGAGAGCGAUUUCGUAUACCGUUCAAGUUGCUAAAAGCCCUGGUGGAAGUGCCCACAGCUUUCAGUCCCACUGAUUGAUGUAUUUUCACCUUUGUUUUUACAUUGCCAAUGCGUAAGAUUUAAUCCGACUUUUCAGAAUGCAAGCGGCAAUGCACUUUCUGCUGUCGGUGAGAGGCUUUCAAAGUGAACCGAGAGAACGCCAAACCAGCUGCCGGACUGAAAUGUUUGUUGAAUGUGAUCGAGACCGAUAAGGGAGGACAACUUUAAAAUAUCGUCUCAACACCGUGUUCGCCAUCGAUACUAAGCCGGAAGAAUGUUGUGUGCUGCUUUAUCAGCAUGCUGGGGUGCUACUGAAAAGUGAAGUGAGAAAACAAGUUGCAGACAGCAGUGUUCGGCCUGUUUUGUUUCAGCCUCUUUUCAAGGUUUAAAAAAUCCACACUCAAGAUCAGAAAUAGACAGAUGAGGGAGAGUAAGACCGUCUGAAUUACACCUUUGUAAACUAAAAGUAAAUUAACAUGAGUAUUGUUUUUUAAACUUACUCAGUUUUUUUUGUACUUCAUUUUUUGGUGUAAAACAUACUCCUUUUGUUUGGAAAUUGGUGGGCUUUUCAAUUUGUAAAAGAGCGGUUGAUGAUUUGGCGCCCUCCCGGUGCCGUUUCCGGAUUGGGGAAUGAAGCAGAUAUCUAAUUGGGAAUUGAAACAACAUUUAGAUGAUGCUGAACAAUGAGAAAGGGCUGCCACAAUGCUGUAUUAUUUUUAUGAUUCCCUAGUUAUCAAUCAGACUCUGCCGGUCUCUGCUGGUGUGAAUAUGUAAAUUUAUUUACCAUAUACUGAAAGUUACAGUUUGAUAACUACACUCACGCAUUCACGAAGCAGGAACUGACCGGUAUAAACUCACAUAUCCACAUACCCUUUUGCAUCAGGUGGCCUCAUUCAUGGAGCUGUAUGGGUCUUGUUUAGUUUCUGAAUCUCACUCACCUAGUGUUAGAAUUUUAAGAAAAAAAAUGGACAAGGAGCAGCUCCGAGCAGGAGCGGAAUCAGACCUGUGGUUCUGUUUAAAUUGCUGGCGUUGAACGACAAAAUCCUAAUGAUUAAUUUCACUGAGACAGCUGAACCAUUGUUUCUGGGUAUGUACAAUUAAUGUCUCUACGAGAUUUGUAUGUUGUAAAUGUUGUGUAGUGCGCGCCUUAUUCUCGGAUGCGGUCAUGUAUAUACCGUAGUCCCUGCCUGGGGAGAGAGGCCACGUUAAACGCCACGGAGUCCUUUUUCAGCUGCUUGUAUAUGUCUGUGUUACUCUUUGUUAUACGAUCAGUUCAGGAGUUAUAAGCCUCCGUUGCGGCACGAACCCUCCGCUGCACCCUUCGGAGUGCGAUUUUACUUUGUUUAUUUUUCAUUUCGAAAUCUCCGCACGAGUAUUGUCUGGAUGCAGAAUCUUGCAAAAUACACCGAAACAAAACUAGAACAGCUGCAGAACUGGCAUAGAAAAUGUGGCGUUUUUAUCGAUAUAUGAUCAUGUGCCGAUCAUGUUCACUAUUACUGCAUUGAGGCGGGAGAACUUAAUCAUGUUUUACCAGUAUGUCAGGUGCUGUUGAAAUGUGAAAUAAAUGAU